GCUGUGUCGUGUUACGCGGUACUACGCGAGUGUGUGCGCAUUUGUGGUCUAUCGUUUCACCCUCUAAGCAACGCUCAAUUCCUGUAACAACGUUUGCAGCGGGAGCAACGAUUUUGUUAUUCGUCACAACCAGAUCAGACACCCAGUUGAACCGACAGAGAAAAAGGACAGAGAAAAAGGGGUACAAAAAAAGGGGCACGAUGACGCUAACGCGAGUGCUGAAGGAUGACGAUGGUCCGCUCGGUAGUUCCUGCUUCGCGGCACUCACCGGUCUGUGUUCCCGGACUAGCGAGACACCGGUGCCGGCAACGACAACGACGAGCCCGGAUGCAGCGCGGACUGCCGCGAAACCUCCGCUCGCACCGAACGAUGGCCGGUACCACAUCCAUCACCAUCAUGUGCGCGAACGGCCAGAGCACGACUACACGCUGGACGUGAUUACGGUGCAGGGUGUACAGCCGCACCACAAAACCAGCUACCUCGAAACGUUGAUGCACCUGUUCAAGGGUAACAUCGGGACCGGGUGCUACGCGAUGGGCGAUGCCUUCCGGAACGGUGGCCUCCUGCUCGCCACCACGCUCACCCUUUUCCUCGGCUUCGUCUGUGUCCACUGUCAGCACGUGCUGCUGAACUGCGCCAACCUGAUGCAGCAGCGCCGCGAAGAGGAACGGGAACGCGAGCAGCAACCACAGAAGAAGGGUAGCAUGUUCGGCUCAACCUACCGGACGGCCAUCGAUGGGCAACCGCUCGACUUUGCCGACACCGUGGGCUACUGUUUCCAUUACGGACCGGAACGUUUCCGCCCGUGGGCCACCACCAUGCGCCACACCGUGAACGUGUUCAUCUGCGUGACGCAGCUCGGGUUCUGCUGCAUCUACUUUGUGUUUAUCAGCUCGAACUACAAACAGAUCGGUGACCGGUACGGGCUGGAGUGGAACACCCACCACUACAUGGCCCUGCUGCUCGUCCCGAUCAUCCUCACGUCCAUCAUCACGCAGCUCAAGUUUCUCUCGUACUGCUCGAUGAUUGCGAACGUGUUUAUGACGUUCGGCAUUGGGAUCACCUUCUACUACGCCCUCAAGGAUCUGCCAGCGAUGGCGGACGAGGUGGGGUCGCGCGCCCUGUUCGGGGAGGUGGAACGGAUUCCGCUCUUCUUCGGUACCGCGAUCUUUGCGUUCGAGGGCAUCGCGCUGGUGCUGCCGCUGCAGAAUGAGAUGCGCCGGCCGCAGGACUUUGGCCGGACGUUCGGCGUUCUUAACAUCGGGAUGGUGUUCAUCGUCACGCUGUUCACCGUGUUCGGGUUCGUGGGGUAUGUGCGGUGGGGCGACGAGGUGCAGGGCAGCAUGACACUUAACCUACCGGACAACGAAGCGCUGGCCGAGGGGGUGAAGAUGAUGAUUGCCACCGGUGUACUGCUCGGUUUUGCGCUCCAGUUCUUCGUCGCCAUCAUGAUCCUGUGGCCGAUCGUGGAAAACCGGUCGCUCACGGCCCAGCAGCAUCCCGUCGUUUGUGAGAUGUUCUUCCGUAUCCUGGUGGUGCUGAUGACGUUUCUGAUUGCCACAUUUGUGCCCAGCCUGGGUCUGUUCAUCUCGCUCAUCGGUGCCUUCUGCUCGUCGGCCCUAGCCCUCAUGUUUCCGCCCAUCAUCGAGCUGAUCGUGUCCUACUCGAACCCGGGCGAACGUCCGAGCGGCUGGCUGCUGGCCAAGAACGUCUGCAUUCUGCUGCUGGCCGUCCUCGGGUUCGCCACCGGUACCUACGAGAGUGUCAGCAAGAUCAUUGAAGCAUUCUAGCUGGCCCCGACUUGGCACCAAUCGAGCAAUCGAGCAACGCUAGUGGAUAUACAUUUCUUUAUAUCCUAUCCGAUGGACUAUACUGCACUAGACAGCGGUAGUAACAGUAAUAAGAAGUAAGACGAGCAGGGCAGGAUAAUGAUUUUGUGAUUGAUUUAGCAGCGAAAUAAGACUUAGACACUACGGCGGGUACGGGUACGGCCUGUGUGCCUUCUACGGUGAUAUUUGAAAAGACACUUGGACACUAGGAAUCGAUUGGGACGCGCGGCGAUCCUGGCGAGGGCAACCUGAGGGCCGAUCCACUAAUCGAAACCGAAUCGAAUAAGCAUUUCAACC